UCAAUGCAGAUCAAAGCAGCCCUGUGUUGUGUAUUUGUUCAUAAAAAGAGUUUUGCAAACAUAUUGUCAAAAGUUUCAUUCGAAUCGAUCUCGUGAACAUGAUUGCUGUUAUAUUUGGAAUAGGAUGUGUCGUGGGAAUACUAAUUUUAGUAUACUGGUCUCAACCUAAGCCCCCCCCAUUCCCCUUUCAACCUGAAUCUGCCCAGCCAAUCGCUCCAACGAGGUCAAAUCACGUUCCCUUCAAGAACCCAUUUCAAGUAUUGGACAGCAAUGUCCACAUAAUAAAAACAGCUUCAAAAUGUGUUGAGCUGAUUCGUACAAUUCGGGAUCAUUGCACAAGCGCUCCCUUCAUUGGUUUGGACUGUGAAUGGGUCACCAUUGGUGGAGUUCGUCAGUCCGUGGCCCUAUUACAGAUGGCUUCUUCCUCCGGCAUGUGUUUGCUGAUACGAAUGUUCCUAAUGGACGCAUUUCCGAACGAACUAAAGGAUCUCCUCGCUGACCCAAAAAUUUUAAAAGUAGGAGUUGAGGUGUAUUUCGAUGGCCGAAAAUUACAGGAAGAUUAUGGACUCGUGGUAAAAGGGACCGUUGAUUUGCGUCAUCUGGCCAAGAAGCUGCGGGUUCCUGGUUCAUUCGGACUGGGUGGGCUAGCACAAACGGUUCUCGGAAUUCAACUAGACAAAAAUUGGCAAAUUUCCGCGUCCAAUUGGCAAAACCCUGAACUGUCGCCGAUACAAAGGGAAUAUGCCGCCAAAGAUGCGAUUGUAGCUAUGAAACUGUUCAGACAUUUUCGAAACAAAAUUAAUAUGAGUGAAAUUUACCAAUUUAUAGAUGUACCAUUUAGAACGAAAUUUAAUUCCUAGUCCAUAAUAGCAACGUAGAUCAAAUUGUAUCUGGUUCGAAAUGAUGAAAAGAACGUGGAACGAAUUCAUCAUUUGUGGAUCGUUACAUAAAAAGACAUUUGUUGCAACGAA